GAAGAGAUGCAUCGUCUUACAAAGAACAGCUCUCUGUUUGAGUACUUAUAAGGAUCGGUUUCUUCUCCUCAGCUCAGAAAUGUCCAGUUAUGGUAUGAUGAAAGUGAAAGCAAAAUGAGAGCCCCUCAGUUACACCUCAGAGAAAAAUAAAGAUGAGUAUAACAAUGUUCUUAUUGGUUGAAGUUUUCACUCUUUCUCCUCUGUUGGCGAUCUCUAAUAAGAUGCAUUGCAGGCUGUUGCUGACUGGGUGACAGACACGUAACAGAGAGGAGUCAUGAAAGCUGUGGUGGGACUGCUGGUGCUGCUGGUCAGAGUUUCUUAUGGUGUGGAAACUCACUGUGAUGGCAGACAGGAUGGAGUUCAGUGUUAUGGAGCUUUGGGAGGAACUGUGGACAUCCAGCUGAUGAACAGCACUUCAGAAAUGUCGAGAUACCAGUUGUUAAAGAAUUCAUUAAAAAUAUUACAUGUAAGAAAUAAUGAGGUGAUUCCUAAUAUCACAGAAAGGAGCUCUGCCCUUAAUUCCAGUUAUAGAACAUUCAGGAUCAAUAAUCUGAGAAGGAAUGACAGUGGUAAUUAUACCCUUCAAACCUUUGAUUCAGAUGGAAGAAUAUCAGACGUGUGGACUUUACAGUUGUUUAUUCAAGCUCCUGUGUCCUCUGUCCUGCUGGUUUCUGAGUGUCUGUCCCUGGGAGAGAUGAGGGUGUCCUGCUCCUCUGAGGAAGGGGACAGUCCUCAGUACAGCUGGACUCUGGAUGGACGCACACUGACAGAUGCUGAGCUUCUUUCUGUAAAUAAUGAGACUAACAUCAUCACUUUGAAACAGCACGUCUCAGGGCAUCUGGUCUGCUCAGUCAGGAACAACGUCAGUAAUGUCUCCAAAGAAAAGAGGAUAUCUACCUGCGGCUUCAUUUUCAUUAACUGCACCUUAGUCAAUGGGACACAGAUAUCAGGGUGGGUGCAUGAAGACAAUUACACUCUGUGUAUUGAACCAACCAUACAACCUACACAAGAACAAACAAUAGAGUCUACACAAACCAGCAUAGUGUCAAAGAAACACUCCACUAACAGCAGUGAUGACCCAUGGAACAUUAGAGAUUUCCCACUAGUCGGUGUUGUUCUCUCAGCAGCUGUAAUUUACUUAGCUGUGGGUGUAGCGCUCAUCUGUGCUCAGAGGAAAACGCAAAACUACAGACCAACUAAACCAAAAAGUACAAAACUUAUUUUUUCCUCAAUCACUUGCUCGGAUGAAGAAGGUGAGCACGAAGUAACAUAUGCUAAUCUAGAGGUCAUGAAACAGCAGGAGAAGCGAGUGGAGCAAACAGGACAGGUGGAGGCAGAGGUGGAGUAUGGCCAACUCCACUUUUCAAAGCCGCUUCAGCACACUGAACCUACAGAAGACGAUUGCUUGUAUGCCAGAGUUCAUAAAGUCAGGUGAAUUAAGAGCUUCUAUGCAGAAUAACCGCUGAAGAGCCACAGAGGGAGGACUUGUUGUCAAGAUGUGUGAAUGUCUCUCAUUUAUUGUGAUUUUCAGUGUAUGAGCUUUUCAACCACAGCUUUUAUGAGUGGGGGUUUUUGUGUUCUUUUUUGUAUCCUGUUAAAGAUCUGAGAUUUCCUCCUGUUAUCAUUUAAGUGAGUUUUUAACUUGUCUUGUUAGAAAAAUAAGCAACGUUGAAAAACUGAAUUUUUGGACAAAUUUCACUGCAGCAACACAGAAAAAGAGAACAUGGUGUUAAAAAAAUCUUGAGAAACAUUAGACAGUUAAAAUUUAUAGAUUAAGCAAUAUCAAAUUACUUCUUAUAGACAUAAUACUAUCAAUACUGAUCAUUUUCUGGGAAGUUGUAUUUUUAACAUCUUGGCAUCUUUUUUAUACUAACAAUUAUCUAAGAGCUGCUUUAACACACAUAUCUGGAGUGCAAAUUGUCAGUGUAUUGACAAUAAAGCAGCUCAGCCUCCUUCCAAACAUACAUAAACGCUAUGUUGAGACUGAAGACCAAAGACUAGACAAACACAAAGAAAUCAUCUGUGUGGAGAGAGAGCGGCUUAUCUGCCUGUCAUUAGAAGGUAUUUGUGACAA